CCCAUGUGAUUGAUGUUCAAUUUUCUUGUUGUCGGACGGUCUCUGCGCUAAUGGCUCCUCCUGCAAUAGCAAAACGCAGCUGAGCAAGGGUUGCAGGGGCAACGCAAAUAUAUACAUUUUUUUCUCAAGCCGCAGGAAAGGGGUGACUUAUUGAGCAAUGUUUAAGAAAAAAACAUUUUAGAUUGCGUGCUUAGACGUCGUUCCAACUGCAGCGAAGGGUUCGGUUUUUCUUUUAAAUUCUAAAUACCCCAAAUGAACUCCGUCAGAGCAACCAGCAGAAGACCCAGGCGAGUGUCGAGGCCGCGCCCGGUACAGCCGGAAAGGAACAACCAGGAAAGAGAUGAGGACGUCCCUGCAGAUAUGGUUGCAGAAGAAUCAGGUCCAGGAGCUCAGAAUAGUCCGUACCAACUUCGAAGAAAGUCUCUACUACCCAAGAGAACAGCAGCGUGUCCAGCAAAGACUAACAUGGAGGGUGCUUCCACUUCAGCCACAGAAGACUUUGGCCAUCGGGCAAAACGUGCCCGAGUGUCAGGAAAGUCUCAAGAUUUACCAGCAGCACCUGCGGAGCACUACCUCGAGGAGAAGCUGCCAGACGAGGUGGUUCUGAAGAUCUUCUCCUACCUGCUGGAGCAGGACCUGUGUCGCGCAGCAUGUGUCUGCAAACGCUUCAGUGAACUGGCCAAUGACCCCAUCCUCUGGAAGAGGCUGUACAUGGAUGUGUUUGAGUACACGCGUCCCAUGAUGCACCCUGAGGCGGGGAAGUUCUUCCAGAUUAACCCAGAGGAGUACGAGCAGCCCAACCCAUGGAAAGAGAGCUUUCAGCAGCUGUAUAAAGGAGCACAUGUGAAGACGGGCUUCGCAGAACACUUCUACAGUAAUCCUGCCAGAUACAAAGGAAGAGAGAACAUGCUUUACUAUGACACCAUAGAGGAUGCACUGGGGGGUGUUCAGGAGGCCCACUUUGACGGCCUCAUAUUCGUCCACUCAGGGGUCUACACUGACGAGUGGAUCUACAUAGAGUCACCCAUCACAAUGAUCGGAGCUGCACCCGGUAAAGUAGCGGACAAAGUGAUCAUUGAGAACACCAGAGACUCCACGUUUGUCUUCAUGGAGGGCUCAGAGGACGCGUACGUUGGCUACAUGACCAUCAAGUUUAAUCCUGACGAUAAGUCUGCCCAGCACCACAACGCCCACCACUGUCUGGAGAUUACAGUCAACUGCAGCCCCAGCAUUGACCACUGUAUCAUACGCAGCACUUGCACAGUGGGCUCAGCGGUCUGUGUGAGCGGCCAGGGAGCUUGUCCCACCAUUAAACACUGCAACAUCAGCGACUGUGAGAACGUGGGGCUUUACAUUACCGACCAUGCACAGGGUAUCUAUGAGGACAACGAGAUCUCCAACAACGCUCUGGCUGGGAUCUGGGUGAAAAACCAUGGCAACCCCAUCAUCAGACGGAACCACAUCCACCAUGGCAGAGACGUGGGCGUCUUCACUUUCGACCACGGCAUGGGCUAUUUUGAGAGCUGCAACAUCCACAGGAACCGCAUAGCUGGCUUCGAGGUGAAGGCGUACGCCAACCCCACGGUGGUGCGCUGUGAGAUCCACCACGGACAGACGGGAGGGAUCUACGUGCACGAGAAGGGCCGAGGACAGUUCAUCGAGAACAAGAUCUAUGCAAACAACUUUGCUGGAGUGUGGAUCACCUCCAAUAGUGAUCCUACAAUAAGGGGCAACGCAAUCUUCAACGGUAACCAGGGUGGAGUUUACAUAUUCGGUGAUGGGCGAGGCCUCAUCGAGGGGAACGACAUCUACGGUAACGCCUUGGCAGGGAUCCAGAUCAGGACAAACAGCUGCCCCAUCGUACGACACAACAAGAUCCACGACGGACAGCAUGGGGGCAUCUAUGUGCAUGAAAAGGGACAGGGGGUGAUAGAGGAGAACGAGGUGUACAGCAACACGCUGGCAGGAGUCUGGGUGACUACAGGAAGCACACCUGUCCUCAGGAGGAACCGGAUACACAGUGGGAAACAGGUUGGUGUCUACUUCUAUGACAACGGCCAUGGAGUGUUGGAGGACAAUGAUAUCUACAACCACAUGUACUCCGGAGUUCAAAUCAGAACUGGCAGCAAUCCCAAAAUCAGACGGAACAAGAUCUGGGGAGGUCAAAAUGGAGGCAUUCUGGUUUACAACUCAGGUUUGGGCUUCAUCGAGGACAAUGAGAUCUUUGACAACGCCAUGGCGGGGGUGUGGAUAAAGACUGACAGCAACCCCACCCUCCGGAGGAAUAAGAUCCACGACGGGAGAGACGGAGGCAUCUGUAUAUUCAACGGAGGACGGGGUUUACUGGAGGAGAACGAUAUAUUCAGGAACGCCCAAGCAGGGGUCCUCAUCAGCACCAACAGCCACCCCGUCCUGAGGAAGAACAGAAUAUUUGACGGCUUCGCUGCAGGUAUUGAGAUCACCAAUCAUGCCACGGCAACCCUGGAGGGCAAUCAGAUCUUCAAUAACCGCUUUGGAGGGUUGUUUCUCGCAUCUGGUGUCAACGUUACAAUGAAAGAUAACAAAAUAAUGAACAAUCAAGAUGCCAUUGAAAAAGCUGUGAGCAGAGGUCAGUGCCUGUACAAGAUUUCAAGUUACACCAGCUAUCCAAUGCACGAUUUUUACAGGUGUCACACCUGUAACACAACAGACCGCAACGCCAUCUGUGUGAACUGCAUCAAGAAGUGCCACCAGGGGCACGACGUCGAGUUCAUUAGGCAUGAUAGAUUUUUCUGUGACUGUGGAGCCGGGACGUUGUCAAACCCCUGCACGCUAGCCGGAGAGCCCACGCAUGACACAGACACACUGUACGACUCAGCCCCUCCUAUAGAGUCCAAUACGCUGCAACACAACUGAGCUGGACCCCCCCCCCCCCCAAGACCCUUCCAGGCCUUUACCCUAUAUAGUGCACUACUUUUGACUCAAACCCUAUGCUGGCCCUGGUCAAAACUAGUGCACUGUAGGGAAUAGGGUGUCAUUUUGGACAGACUCAUGUUUGCUCAGCUAACUAGUCCACCUAUGGGGAGGAUGGAAAAAUACAAACUUAUAAAUAUCACAAUGUAAAUAAAUAUGGGGAAAAAUGGAUGUCGUGAUGGACAAAGACAAGCUGAAAGGAGACAUGACAUUUCUGCUGUGGAUGCACUGACUGCCUGCACAGCUUCUCCCUUUUUAUUUUCCUUCCCAGCAACAUGGUGACGAGGAGGCAAUGGGACUUGGUCGGUGAUGAAUGGGUAUUCUUAUUCCCUUCAUAAGGCACUACUUUUGACCAGGGUCAGUAUUAGGGUCCUAGUCAAAAGUACCCUAUGAACUGAAUAGUGUGCCAUGUCAGAUAUUGACUCAGGUUGGAGAAUUCAUGGGAAGCAUUUCAGCUUUAUAGCGGAGUUGUGGAUGGACGCUAGACAUUUUAAUGCCCCUCCCUUUCUUGGCAAAGUGGGCAAGUGAAGUCAGACUGCAGUUAUUGUACAGAGCCAUACGAGGAGGCAGCAAACCGUUGUGCUGGUAUAUGUAUGGUUACAGAAAAAAAAUGACCUAGCACUUCGGGGUUUUUUUACGAAAAAAAGAUUUUAAAAUGCUUUUCUCAUGUAGUUUUGUACUUGAAUGUCUUAGUUUUUUUUUUUUGGUUUUACCCCCCAUGGACUUGGUGUAAGUGGAAUGUCGCAGUAUCUACAUUCUUUCUGUGAAAGAAAACAAAGCAACAUUUUCUCCAGCAAUGUUGACUAUUUUAAGAAAAGCUGCGAAAAAUACAUUGGUCUUGUUAACCUUUAGAAUUGAUCUAGAACUGUGGCCAUUUUUGUUUUGACUCUUUGAACACCCAAAUACAAUUGUCUGCAAUAUGGCGAUAAGGAACCAUGAAUGCUUUGCUACAUAUUUCCUAUUAUUUGGACCACACUGGAGGUAAACCUCUGUAUAAAUGACAAAAGUAUUAAGGGUUGGAUUCAAUCGGUAUCUUAUGCGUUAAAAUGUAAAGGACAUUUGACUGAGCCGACCUGCAGCGUUUACCUAUGACAUUGCCUUUAACAUUUAAAUUGAGCUAUAAUGCAGAUCUUCUGCGAUACCGACUGAAUCCAGCCCUAAGUCUUGUGAACUCACAGCUUUUCUAGCCUGGUCCCAGAGCGGUCUUGCAAACACCUCUGGGUAUGUCAUUUCCUGUUGGCAAUGCCACACAAACCGAUCUGAGCCCAGGUUAAGGCAAAUAUUUUCACAUUGGAGUAAAGCACUGCCAGAGAUCCUUUUCUAAAGUAAAGCUCUUAAAUAUAACCAGUAUAUGGUUAUUGCUUUCCCAUUCAUGUGUUUCGGUGACUGUGGGUUCUCAAACAGCCAGAAUUGUAUGCAUGUACCAUAACAUCUAGACUUAAUAUAUUGUGGAGUAUUCAAUAACCAUUUUGUAGAUGCUAGUGUGAAUUAAAAGGGUUUAAUUUCCUAGAGAGGAAAGUGGUCUUUUUUAAAUAAACUUUAUUUGAUCAUAA